ACUACCACUACUACUACUACUCUAAUAUAAUGGGCCACCGGGUCGGGUCGCCAUACAACAGACGCUACUGCGUACAUACAUUUACUAUGCUACAUACAUCUCAUCUCUCUGGCUGCAGCUUCGCUCCACGCACACGGAUUGCAUCAGGCUUUGUUUCCCCCAGACGAAGGAUUUUCUGGGAAUCAUCAACCCAAGGAGAGAGAGGAGAGGAGAGGAGAGGAGAGGAGAGGAGAGGAGAGGAACUGAUAAAACGAUCGCGUACCGCCAGGCAAUAGCCAUUAACCAUUAAUAAAUAGCAAAAUAUCGGUCAUUCGGGUUUCUACUUUUUGUUCUCUCUCUCUCUCUCUCUCUCUCUCUCUCUCUCUCUCAUUUUAUUAUUUAUUCCCUCGAGUUCGUUUGCUGGUGCUUAUGGUGGACGCAACAACCCUGGAGGGAGGACGGGAGCAAGCACAGAGUCAUCAUUGAGGAUUCCGGUAUCUCCCACCUUCGAGCUGUUUUGCCACUGAAGCAAGUAGCAGAAGACGUACGGUAAACAACACCAAGACCCAAGACGACGUCGUGGUGGUGGUGGUUGGUUGGAGUGAAAAACCGAGCAAAACCAAGGGAUUUUGCCCGCAAUCUCCAAUCUCUCUCUCUCCAGCCCUUAACUACCAUGCCCCAAAACGGAUUAGCGGAUUCGCGUUGAUCAAGCAGCAAAUUAAUCGCGACAUUUAUUUAUUUAUUUAUCUAUUUUAUUUAUUUUAUUAUCCAACUAUAUUUAUUUUACUUGUUUUAUUUAUUCUAUUGAAACGAUGGCCGACACCUAUAUUUCUCCCAACUUCAGCAACCUCAACAGCACCUCCAAUAACAACAACACAGCCACAACACUCAAGAAUCGCUGUAACACUCAUGUCCAAACUUCCACUGCUGGUCUCCCCAUGAAUCCGCUUUUCAUGAUCACUGCGCGGGACAUGCCAUAUACUGUGACCAACUCGUUCAAGAGAGGUGUAAUGAUGCACACCUACGGCCGCCCUAUACGGCGCGUUUGCUACGAUGAUUCACGUCCAGCAGCUAAGAAAAGACGUGUUCAAGCGGACACCGCGCCAAAGGACUCCGCUGAAGACGAAAACAACCUCGAAUGCGCCAUACGCGAAUCUUCUGCUGCCAUCUUGUCCAGCCCGUCGCGUCGCAACUCGACCGCUGCCUUCUCGGAAGACCUAGACGAUGACCUCUCGACACCCCCUUCCUCGCCUCCAUUACAGCUCACCCCACCUCCGGUUAACACACGAAAACCCACUUUUGCAUUUCUGAGGCGGAAACGCGCCGCUGCCACGAACACUCCCACAAAUGGUACUCCGUUGACAGAGGUAAACUUUAACAGCGUCCGCGCAUCGAUGGAUCCGCCGAAAAAGAAACCUAAACAGCAACAACAACAUCGACAACAGACACAGUCCCAACAACCCACGCUCAAGCAGAUGCAGCUCGACCUGGGAGGGGAGGUGCGCAAGACAUGCGCCACCUGCGGGAUGGAAUAUAUCCCCUCGAACGCGGAGGAUGUCGCGCUGCACAAGAAAUUCCAUGACAUGAACUCGAGCGGGGUGGACCUGGGCAAGGCAUUUGUGCGCGCAAACGCGUGCCGGUGGGUCUACGAGGCUGCCAGAUUCGACGAGGGCUAUGUCGUGAUAGUGGACAGGAAGAGCUCCCCCUCCGCGCGGGGCCAGGCCAUGCGUGUCCUGGAGGUGGUCAACAAGGAGCUUUCUGCGCCGGAUAUUGAGGAGGCGGUGUUGUGGAGCCAGACCGAGCCGCCUAAGCGCCUCCGGAAGAAUGGAGCGAAGGAAGAGGUGGAUCGGUUCAAGGUAUUCUUGCACAUGAAGGAUAGCAAGUGUGUGGGGCUCUGCUUGACGGAGCGGAUUUGGGAGUCGCAUUUGGUGAAGCGGCCUGGUCGCGGUGGCCGCACAGGCACAGGCACAGGCACAGGCACAGGCACAGGCACGGGCAUGAAUGGCGAGCGGCCUAAUGGCUCGUCAUCAAUCACGGCUAGCGAAGAGGUGCACCACGCGGUCGUGGGUAUUUCGCGCGUGUGGACGUCCGCCUCAUCGCGCCGGAAAGGCAUCGCGAUGGACCUCCUCGACUGCGUGGUGAGCAAUUACAUCUACGGCAUGGAGAUUCCCAAGUCGAAGAUUGCAUUUAGCCAGCCCACUGAGAGUGGGUGUCGGUUGCUCGAGGCCUUUUUUGGACCGGAUGAGCCGUGGCAUGUCUACAAAGAGACCUAAGAAAGGCAUCUCUGGUCAACAAGCGUAUAACCCCAGCGGAUGGAUUGGGGGGAAGGGGGGAAGGGCAGCGGCGGAAUCAGCGUUUGGUUUGGGCGGAUUUAGUUCUGAUAUUUUGUACUUUUACAUACAUGCGAAAUGGGGUUUGUUUAUUUGCUUUAUUUCCUUUUGUACUCCUUGUCUUCUCAUAUCAUAGGACUGAGAGGUACAGUACAGUACGGUAUGCGCCGGAUUCUGUCUGUUUAUCUAAAUUUGAGAUUGUUUUCUGGGACACCAAGGAAGGGCAAAGGGGUCACGGAUGGCAUGGAUUGUGCGGAUUUGAGAAUUGUUCAUUUUCAUUUUAUAUUUUGUCCCUGGGGGCUUUUUUUUUU